GUGCCUGCCUGCCUGGUCGGUGGUAGUGAGUGUUCAUUGCCUGGCUUCGACCGACCGCCAGUCCAAGAUAUAACAGCGUGAGGUAAGGUUGGGACUCACCAUCGCUCACUGAAGCUCCGUUGCACAAGGCGAAUCUCUUGUGAGGUCAGGGAGAGCCGCCAAGCAUGGACAAGACAGGGGGAGCGACUGACGGAGCGACUGACAGUGAGGACGAGGGUUUGGAAGAUGUACUAAGGAGAUGUAUCCGGUCUAUCCCGUUAAGUUCCAGCCAACAGCAGGAAGAUGAAGUUUUGGACAAUCCCAUCAUUUCGGGGUUCAGCAGAGGACAAGAAUAUGAGGAGUUUAUACCAGUUGAGUAUCAAGGGGAAGAUUAUGGCACGUCGAACCAAGGAGAGUUAGGUAGCGGAAGUAGCCAGGACGAUGGGCCUUCAUUAUCGCUUUCCUCCUCGUCCUCCUCUGCUGCAGACGCUGACGAAGACGAUAACCAGCACGACAAGAAGGAUGAAGAGGAAACAUCCGGUGGCAACAAUCAAUAGCAUGGCGAAUAUUGAAGGUGUGGUGAAGGCAGGACACACACACACACACACGACUGAACAGUAGAUAUGCUAAUCUUCCUCUCUGAUAAAGUGUAAAAUAAGAUUAAUUGCUGACGAUGUGAUAGCUUACAUCUUCUCACCUUACAAGUCAAACCGAUGACUUUCUUAAGUGCCUAAAUAAAAAGCUUACAUUUACCUCCCAAUUUCUACCACUCUUAUGUCUUCCAAUAAUUUAGAUGAUAAAAAGAUUUUUAAUUUCAGCAAAGUAAUGUAAUCACAACGAGUGCCUUAAAUUUAUGAAUUAUCAAAUAAAUGAUUCCUGUUGUUGACGAUCCCGGAGAGAUAUUUUAACGCUAUGGGAUAAUAAUCGUUCCAUUCAACCCUACAACACUGAAAGACAAUACUAAGACUUGGCCACACACGGUAACAAUGUGGCCGGCAGUGCGCUUGACCGCCUUCCCUCUCUUCGCUGUAGAAUUGAGUACUGCAGCAGAUAACAUCUUGAGCCUGCAGGAGCCUCUGUACCUUGAGGGCAGGAGGCUCGCGGCCGCUCUGUGUAGUCGGUAAAUGGAGUAACUUUAUAUGGUUUAUGUUAUAGCUCCAUGAAUAUUGGUUCCCAUAUUAUAAAGGUAAAUAUCACUUGUUUUCAUUUAAAAUAGUAGUGUGUGUAUGAAAUUGACCAAUUCGUGAACUGGGCUCCUAACCAUUCCUAGGUUAGGUCGAGAGAGGUUAGGUUAAGACCCCAUUUCACGAACUGGGUAGAAGAUGAUCAUUCGAUUAAACCCUAAAACGCAGUUGACGUGUUUACCAAAUACGGAGAACACUUUGUUUUUAUUAAUAUAACUUAAUGUAUGGUAAAUUUGGUCUGUUUCAUAUAAGACAUAAUUUAUUAUCAUGACAUAAACAAAUAGGUUAAAUAAGGUUACGUUUGGUUAGGUUAGGUAAUUAUGUAUGUCAUAGAUUUUUAGAUUGCCCCCAAGGGGGCUAGUUAACCCGUUGCAUCCUGUGCAAGGGGAAGCGCGGAAGCGUUUACAGCGCCCAUUUGGGAAGCACGCGUAGUUCAUGCUUGGCUUUAUGACCCAUGCAUUAAGGGCGUAAAAGCCUGAAAGGUCAUGGGUUUUGUCAGCAAGUUACAUAAAGUGACAGAAUGAUGAGUCAGUCUACGUUUUCGCCUCCCAGGCCCCGCUGCGGGUCAGUGACCUGUGCCGGGGUGGGCUAAUCCCCGUAAAAUAAAAAAAAUAAGGUUCUAAGACAAUUUGACCCCCAGACUACUGCCUCUAGCAUCCACAUCAUCAUCAAUCAACGAAACUGAUUAAAAUAGGAAAUAUAACACCUGUUUUGUAUGCUUAUAGAAAAUUAAACCAUUUGAGACUGUUUAUAUCAAGUAAAAUAGGACAAGUUUGAGACGAAUUUUGUUCAUUGUAUAAAACUUAGUGAACCAGAAAACAAUUACAAUGGAACUGAAAUUAAAGGACGAGGAGGUAGAAUAGGAGAGACGACUAAAUUGGCUGAACAGGUAAGGUCACAGCAUUAAUUGUUGUCUGUCCUUCGCUUCUGUCCAGUCAACCUUUUACUUCUAUUUAAAUUUAUUUCUCCAUUUUUUUAGCCUUAAGAGUCUAGCCGGUAAUGGUAUUGCAUCAUAAACAAGACAUUGUUCGUUCUUGGUUCAUUCCUCAACUUUCUGGCUUCUCAUGUCUCCUGUACUACCUGAAGAUGUGAAUAAUCAAGAAAACACAUUCAAA